AUGUCGCAGGCCACCAAGCAGCUCCGGAAGCCUGCUCGGAUCAUUCUCAUUGGAGCACCUGGCGUGGGAAAAGGCACACAGUCAGAGCGCUUGCUGUCCCGGUUCCCACAGCUGGCCUCCAUCAGCUCCGGUGAUCUCUUACGAGAGAAUGUUCGCCGAAGGACACCACUGGGCAUUGAAGCCGAGGCCGCGAUGCAGUCCGGCAACCUGGUCCCAGACUCGAUGAUUCUCAACCUUAUCUCCUCCGAACUGAAAUCUAAGGGCUGGCUCAAUCCUCCAUCGCAGCCCAAUUCCUCCACACAGCCUUCUAAUGGGUCACCCACACUAUCGCCCACCGCCUCAUUCAUCCUCGACGGAUUCCCCCGUACCGCUUCACAAGCAAUCAGCCUGGAUACGCUAGUACCCGUCAACUUCGUUGUGCAACUUAUUACACCUCCCUCUGUCAUUCUCUCUCGGAUCGCCUCUCGCUGGGUGCAUGAACCUUCCGGACGUGUAUACAACACUGACUUCCACGCACCCAAAGUCCCCGGCAAGGACGAUGUCACUGGGGAGCCGUUGACCCAAAGACAAGACGACUCUAUCGAUACAUGGAAACAGCGAUUGCGCAAGUUUGAGGAGACCAGUCGCGCUUUGAUCGACCACUAUGAAGGUCGCGGCUGUGUGUGGCGCGUUGAAGGAAACAGCAGUGAUGAGAUCUCUCCGCAGCUUUUUGCAGAGAUUGAGAGACGGUUCUGCUAA